AUAAAGUAAUGAUCAGUUUGGAUAAGAAGUGUCUCCACGAACGACACUGCCAGGUCCAACUUUUUUCUCCAUUUCUUCUCUAAAGAGCUUUUCUGUCAAUCUAACCGAAUCUUCACAACUACAGGGCUGCGGCAUAGAGGAACAAAGUUAGCUUCAUAGUACGAUAUUAAGUAGCAAAGAAAUAGUAAGAAGCUGCAACAGCGGCAGCAAACUGUGAAGUAGAUAGCAUCUUAGUGUAUUUACCGACGCUGUUUAUACAGCAGAAGUAAAAAGAGAACUAUAGACUCUACGCUUGAGAGGUAUAUAGAUUGUUGCUGUCGAAAGAAACCAUGGCAACUGCGAGUGCGCCAAACGAUUCUGACGUUUCCAUGUCCCCCGCGGAUGAGCCCAUGGUCACGUCGUCGUCCGCUUCCACUGCUUGCGCAGUCGACACGGCAAGGUCAAAUGAGGGGGAGGUGGAAAGGCUACCGCCACCGGUAUGAAUUUUUUUUUCAGCGGAAAGAUAAUUAAAGAAGGACGACUUGUUUUUGCAGUCGCUUGUGUUUGGUCGCGUGAUCUACUUCUAUAUUGCAUAAUUACUUUUGUCUCGAUCCUUCCUUUCCUUGGAGGUGAAUGAACACACUUUCACCAUGUUUAUAAACAUGAAAAUAAUUUUAUAAACAGGACUUCACCAAAUUUGAUGCGAAAACCUUGCAGCAGAUUGUGGCGAACUUGAGGAGAAAGCCGGGGAAGCUGGGUGAGGAGGUAGAACUUUUACUAAAAGAUCUCCCCACCGCGUCCUCAAGCUCAACCGGUCCGUCUGGCAAUAAAUCAAGUGCAAAUGGAACUACUAGUUCAGCUACAGGUUCAACAUCUUCCUCUAAGCAGCCGAACCACGGCACCACGGCGAAGACCACGGAGGAAUUAGAGAAAGAGGCCGCCGUAUCCGAAGAAAAAACUGUUUCGCUGUGAUGGUUUUGCAAGAUCUGCAUCACAAGUUUGUCAAACAUGACACAGAAAUUUUGCCAUGCGCGUUUCCCAAGGGAGAACACGCUUAGAGAUCCAUUGUGUUGCGGGUCUAGCAAGACAAACGCUUUGGCGUUUCGUUCUCUGCAUCACAGGUUCACAGUGAGACAGUUUUUUCUUGCGAUAUGCCGCACUGCAGUACCAGGAGAUAAAAUACGGGGACGGAGAAGUGAACGACGAUGCGCUAAUGGCCGAUGCGGAUUCGGCGACCAUAAACGACCAAGAGAUGAGUUUUCUGGACCGGAGUAAGUUCGUUCCGAUACGGCUUUCGUACAACGAGAGGCCCUAUUUGAGGUUGAUAGAAGGGGCCACGGCAGUAAGCAGCUACACGGAUAAGGUCGACGGCGUGCCGGUGGACCCAAACAACCCCAGGCUGGCGAUGAAGCGAACCACGAUAAUGAUGAAGCAAAUGUGCGCGUUGUUAUCGGGAAUAUUGGUGUCGCAGGCCUACGAGAAAGGGCAGCAGUUGCUGAAGACCAGGGAGUUCGCAGAAUAUCGGGAUUUUUUCCGGGCGGUAUUGAUGGAUUUGAGCCCUGACAGACCACUUUUACCGUCUUCAUCAUUGGAGCAGUGCAACGAACUAGUGGCACUACUUGUUUUGUUGCGAGUACCUGUGGUCGCUUCGCAAACUGAAUGAAAUCAUCAAACAGGUUUUCGAAAUCGGGAGGAGGUAUAAGAUCCUGAAUCCGGAGCGCAUGCGCGAGGCCUACGGGAAGAUGAUGUAUGUCAUGCAGGACAGCAACAGCAAGGACAUCAGCGAGCUGCUCGGCUUCUCAUGCGUUCAGGAAGUCCGGACCGUGUGGGACGUAUUGUUUUCAUUUGGAGUUUUUGGAGUUUUGCUUUUGGUAUAUUCGCAUGAUGACAAACAUUCGGCACGUAAGUAGCUAGGUAGGAGCAGGCACUACAAGUACAACUCGUAUUUUCAUGUACAACUACGCAAAGGCAUCAAUUAUCCCACAAACCCCCGCCAGGUUCUGUCCCAACACCCGUCGGGUAUCAAGCUUCUCUCCGACCCUCUCCUGCACCAAGCCACCAUGGAAAUCCGCGAUAGGGGCAGGUCAAGAAGAGAAGUGGAGAAAGACUUGCGGACGAAGCAAAAUGCGAAAAAGUCACUGCAGAGCAAGUACGCGACUUCUACAAGACGGGUCGCGCCAAGAUACGGGUAUUUCCGCGGCUACGACGUCCAGGGGGAUGACACCAGCACGAUAGGCUACCAUGGGAAUUCCGAAUCGUUGGAUGAAGACACAAUAGAACAGUGCGUCGCCUCUUUGGGUGAUCACAGCACCUAUCUGCGGUUCAACCGGGAACCGUGUGACAGGUUGCUGGAAUAUUUGAAGGAAUUCUUCUCCCCGGCGGAUCCCGGGGACGAUCCAAAACUGACCUUGUCCAUUGCAGAGGGGCAGCAUGGCGCGAGGCUCAGCCACACGCACGAACGGCAAUACAGGUAUUAAAUUGUGUUGCAGAAUAUUAAUGUUGAUUCCUUGAUGCAUCCUUUGUCUUUCAUGGGGUCACAACUCCCUUCUUUUGCCGAGAAAAUUCUACCCAGAACGAUGCUUCCUCGACGACACUGCAUAUAGGCACUGCGGAAGAAGAUGCAAGAAAAAAUCUUCAUAUAUGCAGAACAAAACACAGGUUCGUGCUCCAGUCUCUCCUCCUCUGGCGCGAAGUUCUGGCCCACAUGUUCCAGCUGUGGCACUACGCAGAACACGAUCUGCUUGACCCGGAUCACCCCUACACCCUAACUUCCACCGGCCAGGGCCUGCACCGCGUGCAGCCCUGUCAGCGCGUGCAGGCGGCCAUGAGCAGAAUAUUAGAGAAAGUGCAGAAGCAGGUCGGCGUGUGGAUUGGGUCCAACCAAAUCCACCUGGGCGACCACAACGUCCCCAACGCCUUGAUGUUCAUCGACAAGUACGCCCAAGUGCCCAGAAUAUGUCAGCCGAUCGUGUUGUGCUUGGACAAAAUACCCAAGCUGUACAGCGAGGUGGGGGAGCACAAUAAGGGGUAUAAUAUAAAAAGUUGUUUUCUACUGACUGUUUUUUUCACGACACUACGUACGAAGAAAUGGGGGCGGCCAGGGAGUCCGCUCUGUCUUUGGUUGCAAUUUACUCGUUUUCAUCCACUUGCAAAUCAUAACAAAUUCACCCAAAAUUGUCGACUUUAUCAGGCUGAUCGACAGCUUUGGCGGCGUGAAGCGAUUGCAGAAACUAAUCCUCGCCGACUUUUUCCGCCACGCGUUCGAUGGGUCCGGCGGGGACAACUUCUUCGACGCCGGUAGUUGCGUGGACGGGAGACUCACCUCCGCCUGGAACUGGUGCUCCCAGAUCGAGCGCAAGCCCUACUUCCCGGUCUUUCUGCUCACCGGGUUUGUCGGCUUCGACGGGGAGGAUGGGUGGGACAAGUAGGUCGGCGGUGACGGGGCGUCCUCUGCGCCUUUGCACGAGGUUUACUCCCUCUCAUAUGCAUCAGCUGUUGACCACACAUAGCUGUUGUACCAAAGACCCACACCCAGCUCUAGAAGUUGUCCGGCGACAUUCUUGUCACGGCACUACAAUGGCGACACUUAUAACUUUUCAAGCGACGCAAAGGGAGCGUAACUGAGUUACGUAUUACCUUCAUAGGAAAUCAAUUACAUAAGUACCCAGUUCUUUGCAAUAUAUUUUUCACUUUCAUCGCUGGGGGAACAGCGGUGAAGUGAAGGUCCGGAGCAAAACCGUGGAAAACCAGUGUUCGAGUUUCUCGCCGAGAAUGGAUCUUUG